ACGCACCGUUUCGCAUCUUAUUUCCAUUUUCCAGACAAGGCACGUCUCAAGUAUAUAAACUCACUCGUCUCUCCUCUCUCACCGAGCAACAAAUUUUCAACCCGCUAAGGUUUUUCCGAUUAUAUAGUGAAAAUUGAAGCAGGAAAGAGAAACAUUCAAUUAAGAAUCUCAAAUGGGUUAUCAGCACCGUCUUCUCUUUCUCAUAAUUUUGAUGUUUGCUUCAUCAAAGUGCCAAUCAUGGAGUUGGUUCUCAUAUUUCCAGGAGGCACACUCCACGGAUAACCCUUCUGGUUCUGAGAGUUCUAUUGGCGGUUCAGUUGCUGAAUUCUCCCUGGAAGGUUUCAACGACCCCAAGGGAACCAGGCUGGUAGACAAUACUAAGAAGAAAUUGGCGAGCUUGAGCUCUUGCUGGCAAAAUGCUUACCGGCAUCUGUUUUCUGGGUGUUCGGAGAUUUUUGCAGCCGAUGAGAAGCGGUCGAGGUUUGCUUGGCAUCUUAGUAAUUGCUUUCAAAAGGACUCUGGCAGGCCUCCUUUUCCUUCUUGCGACCAAAAAUCUGCAAUGGCUAAGUGCCUAAAAAAUUUGAAUGAUUUUGAGCAUAAGGUUUAUCUGGAAUUCUACCUUGAAACCAACUCUAUCUGUCAUCAGUUACAGGUUCAUGUUUUCAAGCAUGAAACAGAGAGACUGGUGAAUGAUCUGAGAACUUCAGCGCAGUAUGCAGAAGAGAAAUUGGAAACCAUUGAAGAGAAGACAGGAAAUCUUUUGAAAGGCUCAGAGCAAAUACACGAUUCUUUGAAUUGGAUUGAUUUUCAAACACAGCAAGUUGCUCAAACAACAAAGAAAGUGGAAGAUCAUAUAGAUGUUUUGUCCAAGCUGUCAGAAGCACUCUAUGAGCAAUCCAAGAAAAUCACAACUUCUCAGGAAGAGCUGCAAGAAGGGCAAGUAGAAAUGAAGAAAAAUAUAAAAGAAGGGAUGGAAAUGCUUCAAGAUUCGUACAGAGAUUUGGGCGAAGAAAUUGGCAAUUUAAGAAAUGAGGCUGUCGAAAUAGAGAAGAAGAUAACUAAAGUUGGAGACCUAAUGUCAUCAAAAAUGAAAUACCUGCAAAGCAAAGCUGAUGAUAUUGGGAAUAUGGCUGGGGCGUCCUUGGAUAAGCAACAGCAACUUCUAGAUGGACAAACCACAGCACUCAAAGAUCUUGAGUUUUUAACAAGAUUUCAAUCUGAAGCACUAGAAGAGAGCAGGACUACUCUGCAACGGUUAGCUGAAUAUGGCCAUAGGCAACAAGAAGAGCUUCUUCAGCGGCAAAAACAGCUUCAGCAAGUUCACGAUCACUUGAUGGACAAUUCCAAAUCAAUCUUGGCAGCUCAGGAAUCCUUUGAAUCGAAGCAAGCAAGCAUGUUUGUUGCAUUAGACAAGCUAUUCGCUUUGCAUAAUGCAAUCUUGCUCGAAUCAAGGUUGAUCAAAGCUUUCUUCGUUUAUUGUAUAUCAAUCUUUGUCAUCUAUAUGUUCACUAGUACAAAGCAAACGUACACUGUCAGGCCCUGGCUAUAUAUUGGACUGUGUGUCACAUUUACAGUAGAAGUUGCUAUACUUCGGUUCGCAACAAAUGACAUUGAACAACAAACAUGGAUGAUAAAUCUUGUCAGAUCAAUCUUUGCACUGCUAGCUUCCGCUCAGCUUAUACAUGCUAUUUGCACAUACAGAGAUUAUGAAGUGCUGAACCAUCAGAUGCUACAGACAUUGAUUGAGAAGGUUAAUGGCAUGCAAAGAGAGGAGUUGUCAUGGGACAUGGAUAGCGAUGUAAACUGGUCUUCUUGGAUAGAUUUCGACUUACCAGAAGAUGUAAAUACAAUCGAGGAUCCUGACUAUGUCGCUCAAGAAGAAGUUGCAGAGAAUUCCAUCACAACCACUUCAACAAGAAGAAAAUACAACCUCCGAAACCGUCUUCGUCAUUGAGAAAAUUCUUGUAAAACCGAUUUUCUGAUCAAAUUUUGAGUGUUUUAACCGUAUGUUUGAAUAUAGCUUUAGUCUAUCCUGGGAUUUCAGUUUUUAAGCUUCUGAAUCCCCUAUAUACAGUAACAAUAGCAUUAAAUAGAAAUUUUAUGCCAAUUGUAAUAACAAGAACCUUACCCUGAAAAAUAAAGCAACAGUUUCGUAA